CUCAAAUUGAGCCCUGAACCUGCAGUCAUUCCAAAGACUCCUCCCCAAAGUGUCAAAGCCCUAAGUAGACCCCUUGCUAUCACUGGCCAUCAGAGCACCCUCUUCUGUCAUUCAAACCUACAAAAUUGCCCUCUCGUCAACAACGCCCCAGUCAGACUUGCUUUUUGAAGUCUCCUGUAAGGGCUCUAUUCUGUCAGCCGGACCCCUGCUCACCUCUUCCCUUCACUAACGUCCACCGAGACCCCACGCCUGCUAUCAGCUCUCAAAUACUCUCUCUGCAGUCAUCAGUAUCCCUCACAGACCUCCCGAUCGCCCGCUCUAUCCUCCCCUCUGCCGAGUACCCCUCUAAGCCCCUCUCCUGCCCCGCCCCUUGACACGCCCUUUGAGGCGGUGUCCGGCGAGCGGCGCCGGAAGCCCCGCCCCUCCCGGUUGCUAGGCUCCGGCAGCCGGAAGUCCCGCCUGCCGUGUAGUCGCCGCCGCCGCCGCCGUCGUUGUUGUCGUGGUUGGUUCGCUGAGCUCCGCGGCUCCGAGAGCCGGCUGCGUCCCUUCUUCGCCGCCGCCAUGAAGUGGAUGUUCAAGGAGGACCACUCGCUGGAACACAGAUGCGUGGAAUCUGCGAAGAUCCGAGCGAAAUACCCCGACCGGGUUCCGGUGAUUGUGGAAAAGGUCUCAGGCUCUCAGAUUGUUGACAUUGACAAACGGAAGUAUCUGGUUCCAUCCGACAUCACUGUGGCUCAGUUCAUGUGGAUCAUCAGGAAAAGGAUCCAGCUUCCUUCUGAAAAGGCGAUCUUCCUGUUUGUGGAUAAGACAGUCCCACAGUCCAGCCUAACUAUGGGACAGCUUUACGAGAAGGAAAAAGAUGAAGAUGGAUUCUUGUACGUGGCCUACAGUGGCGAGAACACUUUCGGCUUCUGAGGCCGGCGCUGGGCUGGUGCGGCGUUCCUGCUGUGGAUCUUGUAAAUAGCCGGCCAUUUUCAGUUACUCUACCAGAACCUCUUGACAUAGACCUAUCAGUGCAUUUGUAACUGGAUUUAUUUCUUAAUAUAUUGGGAGGUUUUGUUUCCUUAGACUAGUAAAUUAUCACAGAGUUUUAUUUUGCGUUUUUUCUUUCUGUGCACUGUCCUCGUGACUGUACCCUCCAGAGAACUCGUUCCUCUGGGACUCUUAUUUAAUGAAGAUAUUUCCAUAUUGAAGUGAGGGAGGUGGGAAUUAAAGUGAAAGGGGAGAUGAUGCGUUUAUUCUGGAUUAUGUUUGAAGUGUUAGAUGGUGAAGUGUUAAAAGCAUCCAAAUUAAAUCCAUAGCAAUCAGAACACUUGCUUUACUAGAUUUUGCCAACUGCCAGUCAUGUUGGACUGAGCUAAUCUGUUCCUCUUUCUGAAACUAUUAAGGUAAAUAAUUAACAAUAAAACUUCCUCUUAUAAAGGCA